AUGAACUUUCCACAAUAUCAGCAUCCGCAGACUGUUGUGCCCGCGUUUUGGGAAACCCGCGGCUCGUCCACGCGUCCCGCGGCUGACAACUUGUUCCGCACUUUUAAGUCUACAGAAGAUGUACUCAGCCACGAGGACGAGUACUGGCACGAGUACUCGAGACCGCUCUCCGGCGGACUCGAGUACAGUCCCCACUUUCCCUACACGGACCCGCACGCUGAGACGCACACCCAGAUGCAGCAACAGUACCAGCAAUACCACUACCACAGUUCUGUUCAUCAGAAUCACAUGCUCGACGAACAUCACUAUCUACGACAACAGGAAGAAGAGGAGGCGGAACAGCACCAGCACCAGCAUCACCAGCACCACCAGCAAUUACAACAACAACAACAACAAUUACAACAACAACAACUACUACUUUUACAACAAUCACAUGCACAACCGCAUUUCACGCUGCCUUCUACGCCGCUCCUUUCACACGACAUCACCGACCUGCUGGAUCUGCCGCCGGCCAAGCUCAAACGCAACUGGUCCGCGGAAGACGUCGCGCUCCCGCGGAACAGCCGCCCACGGCUGCCGUCAUUUUUGUCGUCGUCGUCGACGACGUCGUCGGACAUGAUGGCUGCUGGUGCUGCUGCCGUCGUCAACGACGUCAGCACCGCUCACUACCACACCAAAGAAAAUGCAGCAUUGCCAGCACUGUCAGCACUGCCAGCAGCCAUCAAGUACCCGUGCGUCGAGUGCGGUAAAUCCUUUCAACGCCCCUCGUCACUGGCCACCCAUAUGAAUAUCCACACAGGCGACAAGCCUCAUGUUUGUCCCUUCCCAAACUGCGGUCGCCACUUUAAUGCGCGUUCCAAUAUGGUGCGCCAUCACAGGCUGCAUUUCCGCACCAGCCCGAGUACCGACGCGAGUACCGACGCGAGUACGGGCGCGAGUACCACUACGGCUUUAGUCGAGAAUGCUGGCCAUUCCACAGUUACUGCGUAG